AUGGACGCAGGUAUGAGCCAGGGAAACGCCGCGUUACCUGAGGUGUGCCGGGUCGGCAUACGAGUGCCACCGUUCUGGCCCGAACAACCGACGAUCUGGUUCCACCAGAUAGAAGGCCAGUUCGCUUUGAAUGGCGUCACCGCGGACACAACGAAAUACAACUACGUGAUGUCUCAGCUGGAACCAAAAUAUGCCCUAGAGGUCCAGGACAUAAUCACGUCACCGCCGGCCACCGAGAAGUAUGAGACACUAAAAAGCGAACUAAUCCGGCGCCUGUCCGCGUCCGAAGGGAGACGAAUCCAGCAGCUGCUGGAAAAAGAAGAGAUGGGAGACAGAACACCAUCUCAAUUUCUGCGGCACAUGCAGAACCUGGCGGGUCAGGCAGUACCGGACAAAUUUCUGGGUACAUUAUGGACUGGCAGGCUACCCAGCAUGAUCCGGGCGAUCGUAAGUGCGCAGCCAGACAUCCCGCUAAACAAGCUGGCGCAAAUCGCGGACCAGAUACACGAGGGCACAACCCAAGCCCACGUGGCCAGCGUAGCCGCCCCGCAGACCGAGACGACAGAGGCGAUGAGAGGCCUGCUGGAGGAAUUCAAGCUCGUCGUCAGCGAGCUCACACUCAACGAGACCGUCAUAAAUAAGCGGGAAUUCCGAAGGGCACGCAAAACGGACCCGAACGCCGGAAGUCCGAGCGCAACAGCCCUGAGGAAAACCCAGGCCGUUACAUCAUAA